AUGAGACGGGACUUGACUCAACCUAGCCCUUCAAUCAACUUGGUUAAUGAGAACGAAGGGGAUUUUGAACACAUGCGAUUACAUGAAGGGUCACAAUCACCAGUAAACCCAUUUGAACCUGAGCAGCCACAUCGAGAGUAUGAUUAUUCACCACAACGUCUGACUGAUUCAGAUUCCUUUCAUUUUCAAACGAGUAAUGAGGAAAAGGGUGGGCCCGAGUAUCAAGCACAGGAGCAGAACCGGUACCAUAUCGACUCCCAGGAUGUCCUCACUUACAAUCAGUAUGUCCACAAAGGGUACCCCGAUUCAAGUGAUUCCCAAUCACUUUACUCUCAGUCACCUAUACUUCCGAGAGACCGAUCCUUCCAGCCAUUACUAAAUCGAGACACAUCACCACUACCAAGAACAAGACCAACUCUGGAGCUACUUUCAACCACUACCAUCCCCGCUUACGAUCGAUACCCAAAACAAUACGCCACGUCAACUCAAUUAUCCACGUCAAGUUUACUUUAUGAUGAUGAAAUGGAUAAUUCAAUCUCGUCCCCGUCAUAUGAUAAUGAUUUCUCCCCAUUUGGUGGGUACCCAGCUAGUCAGUUCCCACUAAGUAUAGAUGAAAAAGAGCCUGAUGAUUAUUUGCACAAUCCUGAUCCUGUAUUGGAUGCUGACUACAACCGUAAUCGAUUCAUUUACGAUUUGAAGCAUAUGGAUAGGAGAUCGUUCAAUGGUGCACUUGCUUUAUUGGUGAUGAUUUUGGCAGCAAUUGGUGUGUUUAUUGUAUUGCCAGUGUUGACGUUCACCAACUCGAAUCCAAGAGUUGAACCACAAGUUUAUGAAGUGUUGACACAGUAUCAAUAUCCCAUGUUGAGUGCGAUACGUCAAGACCUAAUUGACCCAGACACUCCUGCUGAAGCAUUAACUAACGUAGGCCAAGACGGUAGGACGUGGAAAUUGGUAUUCUCAGACGAAUUCAACGCUGAAGGUAGAACAUUUUACGAUGGUGACGAUCAAUUCUUCACGGCGCCUGAUUUCCAUUAUGCUGCAACUCAAGAUCUUGAAUGGUAUGAUCCAGAUGCUGUAACCACAGUCAAUGGUACAUUAGAACUAACCAUGGAUGCAUUCAAAAAUCACGACUUAUUUUAUCGCUCAGGAAUGGUCCAAUCAUGGAAUAAAAUGUGUUAUACUCAAGGCAAGUUGGAAUUUUCAGCCCUGUUACCUGGUUAUGGAAAUAUUUCUGGAUUGUGGCCAGGAUUAUGGUCAAUGGGUAACCUUGGACGACCAGGUUACUUGGCCACUACAGAGGGAGUUUGGCCUUAUACGUAUGACACAUGUGAUGCGGGAAUCACCCCCAAUCAAUCAUCACCCGACGGUAUUUCCUACCUCCCAGGACAACGAUUGAAUAAAUGCACAUGCUCUGGGGAAUCCCAUCCCAACCCUGGUGUAGGAAGAGGGGCCCCCGAAAUUGAUGCAUUGGAAGGUGAAAUCCACGGUAUAAUUGGUCGUGUUUCUCAAUCUUUACAAAUUGCUCCUUACGACAUUUGGUAUAUGCCAGACUACGAUUUUAUCGAAAUUUACAACUCCUCAGUCACAUUAAUGAAUACUUAUGCAGGUGGACCUUUCCAACAAGCGGUGUCGGGUGUUACCAUGUUGAAUACAACUUGGUACCAAUUUGGUGACGAUUCAGGAAGGUUUCAAAAAUUCGGCUAUGAGUAUCUCAAUGAUGAUGCAACUGGAUAUAUCACCUGGUUUGUUGGUGAUGAUGCUACAUUUUCCAUGAAAUCAACAGCACUACAUCCAAAUGGAAAUGUUGGGUGGAGACAAAUACCAAAGGAACCCAUCAGCAUUAUUAUGAACCUAGGCAUAUCUAACUCCUGGGCAUAUAUAGAUUGGCCAAGUUUGGUAUUUCCUAGCAAAAUGAGAGUUGAUUAUGUACGAGUAUAUCAACCCGAAGAUGCAGUGAAUAUGGGAUGUGACCCGGCAAAUUAUCCUACUUAUGAUUAUAUUCAACAACAUUUAAAUAUAUAUCAAGAUAUGAAUCUUACUACAUUUGAAGAUGGUGGUUAUACAUUUCCAAAAAAUAAAUUGACAGGGUGCUAG